AUGGAUGAGACCGUCACAACAGACCUCUCUCCAACAUGCCUGACUACAACAUACCCAGAACCUGAAAAAUCUUACUAUUUUUGGUGUAAAAAACCAAGGGAUGACAUCCUGAUAAGUACUGGUGUCUUCGCUUGCACCUCUGUGUGUGGGCUUGUGGGCAAUGCGGCGGUCCUGUGGCUGCUGGGCUUCUGCAUGAAGCGGAAUCCCUUCACCGUCUAUGUCCUGAACCUGGCCGUCGCUGACUGCUCUCUGCUCCUGAUCCUGCUUGCAAAAUUCACAUUAGACUUUAUUUUAUGGGUCUCUUGUAUUGAGGAGUAUGAGUGGGAAUUAGCCAGUGCCAUCCUGUUCCCUCUCUUCCUGUUUUGCUAUUUUGCUGGCAUGUAUCUGCUGACAGCCAUGAGCGUGGAGCGCUGCCUGGCUGUUUGGUUCCCAGCUUGGUACCGGUGCCACCGCCCUAAGCACUUGUCAGGCAUCCUAUGUGGGGUGCUCUGGGCUCUUGCUGCAGUUUCUAUUCUGCUGCUGAUUCUGACUUGUGUUUUUACUGAAAGCUGUACUGAAGCAUUCAAGGGUUUAAGCAUUGUGCAUAUUGCCCUGUUCGCUUCGGUCCCAUUGCUUUCCAACCUGGCCCUGUUCAUCAGACGACACCCAGGCAAACUCUAUGUUGCUGUCCUGCUCAGUGUCCUCUUCCUGGCUGUCUUAGGGAUUCCUUUCAGUGUGGAGACUUUAGUUUCUUUUUAUUAUCCACAAGAAUUUUGGGAAUCUUUUCUGCUGGCCUCACUGAACAGCUCCAUCAAUCCCGUCAUUUCCUUCCUGGUGGGCAGCUGCCAGCACUGUCGGAUCCAAUGCUCCAUCAAAGUUGCUUGCCAAAGACUGUUUGAAGAGGGAGCCACCAGUGAGGAGAGGAGCCAGGUGCCUGGGGAUGCUGUGAUGGAAACCAGUAUGUGA